UGCGUGCAGUGCCAACUGGGCUUGCUGGAGGCACUGUGUCUCCUUUUAUUGUUCGAGGAGCAAAGUCGGCGUGAAUCUGCCGCUCGUUUCACUAUAACCCUGCGAUCAGUCGCUCCGACAUGGCGAUCGUGGAGAAGCGGCGUUACGGAGCAGCCAGCAUCUGAGUUCCCUUUAAAAAUCCAGAGGCGAUCGCUAUUUUGGGAAAUAGGGAAUUAUUGUACCUUAAUCCUUCGGUUGUUUACGCGUGGAAGGUCUUAAAGAAAAGGCAGGAGCGAGUCUGACCUGGGGACCAUGGUGGAGCCAGAACAGAAGCCAACAGCGGGCCAGCGCCUCGGUGCUCCGGAGAGCCUUGGGAUCAGUACCCUGGAGCCUGGCCACAAACCGCCUACCAUGCCUCCAGGACGUCAGAUCUCCAUCAGGGUCCGCAUGCUGGAUGACACUGAGGAGGUGUUUGAUGUUUCGCAACGGGUUCCCGGCAAGGUUCUCUUUGACUUGGUCUGCGCCCACCUGAACUUGAUCGAGGGGGACUACUUUGGCCUGGAGUUCCAAAACCAGCGCAAGAUGACUGUCUGGCUGGACCUGUUAAAACCCAUCGGCAAGCAGAUCACGCAGCCCAAGAACACGAUCCUGCGGUUCGUGGUGAAAUUCUUCCCUCCAGACCAGGCUCAGUUGGUGGAAGAGCUCACCAGGUACCUCUUUGCCUUGCAGAUCAAAUACGAUCUGGCUUGUGGACGGCUGACCUGCAAUGAAAGCAGCGCCGCCCUGCUGGUCUCCCACAUUGUUCAGUCUGAGAUCGGGGACUUUGACGAGACGCAGAGCAGGCAGCACCUCCUCUACAAUAAAUACAUUCCCGAGCAGGAGGCCCUGAUGGACAGAAUCGUGGAUUUCCAUCGCAAGCACGUAGGCCAGACCCCGGCUGAGUCUGACUACCAGCUCCUGGAAAUCACGCGUCGGCUAGAGAUGUAUGGCGUGCGUCUCCAUCCAGCCAAAGACCGGGAGGGCUGCAGACUGAGCCUGGCUGUCGCCCACACGGGAAUCCUGGUCUUUCAGGGGCACACGAAGAUAAACGCCUUCAACUGGUCAAAGGUCCGAAAACUGAGUUUCAAAAGGAAGCGAUUUCUCAUCAAACUGAGACCGGACCCAAAUAGCGCAUGCCAGGACACCCUGGAGUUCCUCAUGGUCAGCCGGGACCACUGUAAGGUCUUCUGGAAGAUAUGUGUGGAGUACCAUGCCUUCUUCAGGCUCUUUGAGGAGCCCAAGCCCAAACCCAAACCUGUGCUCUUCACCAGGGGGUCCUCCUUCAGGUUCAGCGGCCGGACACAGAAACAGGUGAUUGACUACGUCAAGGACUCGGAAUUCAAAAAGAUCCCUUUUGAAAGGAAGCACAGUAAGAUCCAGUCCAGCAGCAGCCCAUCUCUCCUGCCCUCCCUGCGGCGCUCGGACGUUCCCACAGAGAGCACCAGCAGCACCUCCGGGAUCAAGACCGAGUCCUCGAGCCAGCACAACUGGAGCUCGGCGGAACAGCAGGGGAGCAGCCCCUCUGCCCAGCACAAUGGGGGAGGAUGCGAGGCUCGGGUCGGCCCCGGGGCGGAGGAGGGGCGGGGCCAGGGGACCCCCGCUAGGCAGACGGCGGAGCAGCUGAGCACAGGAAGAGCAUCCAACAGCCCACGUCUGUCAGACUCCUCGGGGGCGUCCCAGGGUCUGCUCAAUGGGCAGAAGCAGACACUGACCCCAGGCCAGAGCCCCGAUGGGCGGCAGCCUUCACCACUCACCAGCCCUCUGCUCAAUGAUGCCGGCUGCCUCCGGACCGACGACGAGGACGAGGUUCGGAGGAAGAGGUUCCCCACCGACAAAGCCUACUUCAUUGCCAAGGAGUUGUUGACAACAGAGAGGACAUAUCUCAAGGACCUGGAAGUUAUUAUUGUGUCCUUCCAGAACUCUGUGGCAAAUGACGAGGCCAUGCCUGACUCUCUCAGGAACAUUGUUGUCUCCAACUUCGACCCCCUGUACAAGUUCCACACAGGGUUUUUGAGGGAGGUAGAGCAGAGGCUGGCUCUCUGGGAGGGCCGCUCCAACGCCCACAUUAAAGGGGGCUACCAGCGGAUUGGUGAUGUCAUGCUGAAGAACAUCCAGGCCUUAAAGCAGCUCUCAGCCCACUUGCAGAGGCACUCGGAGGUGCUGCUGGAGCUGGAGACGGCGUGCCGCUCCUCACGCCGCCUGGAGGCCCAGUGCCGGGACUUCGAGCUGCAGAAGGCCUGCUACCUGCCUCUCAACGUCUUCCUGCUGCGGCCGCUGCACCGCCUCAUGCACUACAAACAGAUCCUGGAGCGGCUCUGCAAGCACUACCCCCCCACGCACGAAGACUUCCGGGACUCCCGAGCUGCGCUAGCGGACAUAUCGGAGAUGGUGGCCCAACUCCAUGGCACCAUGAUCAAGAUGGAGAACUUCCAGAAGCUGCUGGAACUCAGGAAGGACUUAGUGGGCAUCGACAAUCUGGCCGCUCCAGGACGGGAGUUCAUCAGGUUAGGCUGUUUGAGCAAGCUGUCUGGGAAGGGCCUGCAGCAGCGAAUGUUUUUCCUGUUCAGUGACAUCCUGCUGUACACCAGCCGAGGGACGACCACCUCCAAUCAGUUCAGGGUGAACGGUCAGCUGCCCCUUUACGGCAUGACGAUCACCGAGAGCGAGGACGAAUGGGGCGUGCCCCACUCCUUCACAUUGUUCGGACAGCGCCACACGGUGGUGGUGGCUGCGAGCUCCGCGUCUGAGAUGGAGAAGUGGAUGGAGGACAUCAGGAUGGCCGUUGACCUCGCCGAGAAGAGCAGCGGCCUUUCCUCUGACCUGCUGGCCAGCAGCCUCGGCAACAAGAAAUCCCCUGAGGACUCAGCCCUGGAGCAGGAAUCUGAGGAUGACCUGAGCGCCUCCCGUACCUCCCUGGAGAGACAGGCGCCCAACCGCGGCAACACCACGGUGCACGUUUGCUGGCACCGCAACACCAGCGUGUCCAUGGUGGACUUUAGUGUUGCCGUGGAGAACCAGCUGUCAGGCAAUUUGCUGAGGAAAUUCAAGAACAGCAAUGGCUGGCAGAAGCUGUGGGUGGUCUUCACCAACUUCAGCCUGUUCUUCUACAAGACGCACCAGGAUAAUUACCCCCUGGCCAGCCUGCCCCUGCUGGGCUACUCCGUCACCAUCCCCUCCGAGUCGGAGAACAUCCACAAGGACUACGUCUUCAAGUUGCAUUUCAAAUCCCAUGUCUACUACUUCCGAUCCGAGAGCGAGUACACGUUUGAGAGGUGGAUGGAGGUCAUCCGCAGUGCCACCACCAGCUCCAGCCGUAGCCAUGCAGUGACUCGGAAGGAGCUCCACCUCUAUUGAUCCAAAGGCCACGCCCACUCACCCUUUUAUGGUCAAACCAAUUCCUUAUCCUCAACACAUCGCACCACUUUGUGGCAUCAACUUUAUUUCUGUUCUUUGCAGUGUUUGAUACUCUUUUUUUAAUACUUUUUAUUUAGAAAAGGAAAAUGAAGAGUCGUGUGCGUCCCACAGCACUGGUGCUCUUUAAAGGCUGUGCGUACACUGGCUGUCUGUGAUAUGAGGCUCUUACGCUGCCUUUUGUAGGAUUGAAUUUUUUUAUACAGUUUUUUAAGAUUUUGUGAACCACUUUCUGAUUUUUACAUGUUUUGCAUUUUAUUAAUUGUUUUUUUUUUUUUAAAUACAGACAUUAAUUUUAAUUAUUUUUUUUUUCAAAUGGAUGGCUUUCAUUUCAGAUGUGGCAUAGAGUAAAUGUAAUUAAAACUCUGCUUGUUAUUUUCUUUUGAGAGAAAAGGCUGCUUUUAAAACUGCUUGAGUGAAUAUCGAUUCUUACCAAUGUCUUUAUACAUUUUACUAUGUUACUGGUUGGAUUCAGAGCAAUGGCUGCUGGGGAGUCUGUGUACGUACUUAAAGGGAAUGUGUAUGUGUCUGAGAGAGCAUAUGUAAUUAAUUACAGAGUAAGAUGUCCCUAAAAAAAACUUCAUUAUUGAACACAAUGCUAGUGAGAUGUUACUGUAUAUUUUAAGAGAAUGUUAUCCAUUUAUAUAUAAGACAUGCUUUUAAGGCCAAUGAUGUUUUGGGUGGCAUUGUUAGUUUUGUGGAAGUAUAAAGCAAAUUCUAUUCCGAUUGGGUAAAUAUUAUCAAUUAUAUAUUCAAACCCUUAGGUCAGAUGUAUAUAACAUUGUUACUUGUUAAUUAUGUAUACUUUAUUACAUGCAAAUCCUGGAAUGGAUAGUUUUAACAGAAAAUUGUAUUAAGUACAUUUGCAGAACGUUGUGGUCUGUGGAUCCUAUGACCCAUUCAGAGGCCAGGCUUUUGUACCAUAUUACAAGUCCUUCCCCUGAUCAAAUGAGUGCAUACUGAAGUGUUGGUGUAGUGUGGUGUGGACAGGAACAUCAGCUGUAACAAGAUUAAAUGCUUUAUUUUCCUCAGAAAGCUGAGAGCUCUAUGGAAAUGAAAGCAAUAAAACAAAAUGUGACUAUG